AUGGCAGACAUUGAAGAGAUCAUCGACUUAUAUGCAGAAAUCCCAUCUUAUCAUGAGAGGUAUUCAGGUCUUCUUAAACAACUGCCCCCAUCUAUAAUAAAUGAGGCAUGGAAACGUUUAACAACCCGAAAGCGCAAUCCACUCUCUGCAAUUGAUGGCAGCUGUGAAGAAUCCUAUAUGGAUACUAGAACGCAAACAAGAACUACUGAUUUCUUAGACAAAGUGGAUAAAGCAACACAAACAGAAGAGGCGUGA